GGAAUUUCGAAGGUGGCAGAAAAAGAUGCAUUUUCUGCUCACUACUUUGAAGGUCGUCUAUGUGUUAAGCACCCCGAGGCCGCCCGAGGAUGAUGAAAACGAGACUUUGGAAACAAGCCGCCGCCGCAUAAAGUGGGACAACGACGACUACAUUUGUCGUGGGCAUAUUUUGAACGGUAUGUGUGAUUCUCUGUUUGAUGUGUAUCAAAAUGUUGAAUAUGCUAAAACGUUGUGGGAGUCCCUAGAAUCUAAGUACAUGACCGAGGAUGCUUCGAGUAAGAAAUUUCUCAUUAGUAACUUUAAUAGUUACAAAAUGGUUGAUUCCCGUCCGGUCAUGGAACAAUUUCAUGAAAUUCAACGUUUAUAUGAUCAACUUUUGAUACACAACAUGCAUGUCAAUGAAAC